AUGGCUGCACCGAUCAGCGCUCCGCUCAACGCUGAGCCUGCGAAUCCCGAGGAACGCAAGGGGAACAACCUCCCGGAAAAGAGCUAUGCGGAUGCGGUGCAAGAGGAGUCUCCAACAGAAGAAACGGCGAAUGCAUCCCGGGGUACAAAUGGGAUUAACGGCGCGAGUCCAACUGUUGCUACCGACGCAAGUAAUGGGUCAAAUGGUACGGGAGAGGUGAAACAUAAAGCUUCGGUCCUGAGGAUUGUAGAUACUGGUGCGCCGGGACCAAAGAAGAAAUCAGAAAAUAGGCCGGCCGUUGAAAAGCAAGGCUCGCAGCAGGAACACGCUGCUCCAGUAAGCAUCGUGAUUCCCAUUCAAGCAUUGGAUAGUCGCUCACUGCGUAAGGGCCUUGAUGAUUCCCCACGAACCACACCUCGGAAAAAGCAUAGGAAGGCUGGGUCCAAAGGCGGCAAUAGCUCCCAGGACCAAGGCAGCUCUGAAUUGGACAAUCCCAAGACUAAUGGAAAACAUUCUAAAAAGGAUCAGAAGGUGAAGGAUCACAACCAAGACACUACAGUAUUUGAGAAGUUUCGAGGGGAAAAGAAUGGCUCCAAUCUUGUCAGUAUCAAGCCAGCCCGUGGCUACGAGAAGGACUUGCAUGCCAACCAAGAUACUCUCAAUCGCCGGAAAGAAGACGGCCUUGCGAGCGGCCGGAAAGCUGGCCAAAGAUGGGAGAGGAGCGCUAUUAGAUGGGCACCCAUGAACGUUCCCUUGCAAAGGAGACUCCAGACACUCGUUGUGCUCUGGCAUACGCUGUGCAUGGCUCUCUGCAUAUCGGCCUUCUUUUUCCUUUGCGCAAUACCUCUUUUCUGGCCACUACUGAUUCCAUACAUGGUUUAUUGUAUGUCUUCAAAAGCAUCGACUUCUGGAACCUUAAGCCAUCGCUCGGAAUUUCUACGUUCAUCGCCAGUCUGGUCGCUGUUUGCAUCGUACUUCCCGGCCAGGCUACACCGGACCCAGGAGCUUCCUCCUACAAGGAAAUACAUCUUUGGGUACCAUCCUCAUGGUAUAAUUUCUUUGGGGGCCUUUGCGGCUUUUGCCACAGAGUCGCUGGGGUUCGGGCAACUGUUCCCAGGCAUUAAGAACACUCUUUUGACUCUCGAUUCAAACUUCAGAAUUCCAAUCUACAGGGAUUACGCUCUGGCUAUGGGCAUAGGUUCCGUGUCCAGAGAGUCCUGCGAGAACCUGCUUUCCAAAGGCGGUCCAAACAAAGAGGGAAUGGGACGCGCUAUCACCAUCGUCAUAGGCGGCGCCCGCGAGUCUCUCGACGCUCAGCCCCACCAGCUCCGCCUCGUUCUCAAGCGCCGCAAGGGAUUUGUCAAGAUGGCCAUCCGUACCGGCGCAGAUCUUGUGCCCGUGUUGGCUUUUGGAGAGAACGACCUCUAUGAUCAGGUGCAGCCUGACUCACAUCCCACGAUCCACAAGUUCCAGCUUCUGGUCAAGAAGCUGCUAGGCUUCACUAUUCCUUUGUUCCAUGCACGAGGAAUCUUUAAUUAUGACGUAGGGAUGAUGCCGUAUCGCAGGCCGCUGAAUAUUGUGGUCGGGAGACCGAUUAAGGUGCUACAGAGCGCGCAGCCACAGCAAGAGGAUAUCGAUCGUGUGCAUGCGGAGUAUGUUCAGGAAUUGGAAACUAUUUGGCAUACGUGGAAGGACACUUUUGCUAAGGAUAGGAAGGAGGAGCUGGUGUUUGCGGAGUAG